AUAUUUAACGUAAAUAGUUAUUCACAAAACACACGUCAACUAGAUCGCACGGCAAUUAAUACAUUAUAGAAAAAUGUUGAAGCUGGAUACCAAACCUGGCAUUAUACUCUCAGGAAUUGCAUCUAUAGGAUUUACAAUUGGCUAUCUAGCUGUGGCGGACGACUAUUUUUAUUAUCGUUCAGAUGGAAUGCUAGAAAUGGGCAAGCACAUCAGUUGCCUGGAGAUAUUGAGCAGCGUGACUUUAAUAGUUGGAGUUUUUAAGCGAAAUUUCAAAUUAUUUGUGCCAUGGAUGAUUUCCACGGGAUUGUUUAUCUACCUGAUGACUUACCAGUCCAUAAUAUUGCUGACCCUUACCAAUGAAUUUAUAUUCGUUCCUACCAUGUUGGCGCCAUUUACAGUGUAUCUCAGUUGUGCCCUUAUCGGCGUGAAGAAGGCAUUCGACAGGAUGCGCGAGGAUCAGCCAGAGUCGAAAAUAAGUGUUAUAGGAAAGAAGAAUAUCUUGAGUCCGUUUUAGGACAGGUAUUUUUAGCCUAUGUUAACUUAAAAAGCUUCUUCAUUUCACAGAAUAAAGGGGAACAUGUACAUGUA